CAGGAUAAUGAAGUUGGAGCUCCAAGUUGUUGGAACAUCAACAGACAAUAGUAACGGCUUGGACUGGUAGCUGAAUAACAGUGGGAUCAUGAUCAUGAUUAUAUUCGGAAAUUGUUCAACUAAUAAAAAUACGCAUUUUUAUGGACAAGAGGUACGCACGUCACUGCAGUACUUUAAAAGUUGAGUGAAUGGAUGCGAAGGAAGGAGCAACUGUACAUGUGUUUUUACAUAUAUAGUAGGGCCGGUUUUGAGGUAUUGUGUAAGGUGGUAUUGUAGAAAAUGGAGGUAUCUCUUGGAGUGAGAAAAGGUGCCUGGACUUCUGAAGAAGAUGAUCUUCUUAGGAAAUGUGUUGAGAAAUAUGGAGAAGGAAGCUGGCAUCAAGUUCCUCCCAGGGCAGGAUUGAAUAGAUGUCGGAAGAGUUGUAGACUGAGAUGGCUGAAUUAUUUUAAGCCAAAUAUUAAAAGAGGAAAUUUUAUGACAGAUGAAGUUGAUUUAAUUAUCAGACUACAUAAGCUAUUGGGUAACAGAUGGUCGUUGAUAGCUGGCAGAUUACCGGGAAGAACUGCAAAUGAUGUCAAGAACUACUGGAAUACUCACCUACGCAAAAGACUAUUACUUGCAAGAAAGAUGCCUCGACCUCGAAUCAUCUCCAAUAAGUUCUUUUGGUCAAUUAAAGAAAUCCCACCUGCUACUGUAAACACUUAUCAUAUUGGUGAUCAAGCUAAUAAUAACAGCAACCUUUCCACCACCUCUCAGGCGGCGUUGCCGCCGGUAGAAGAGGAUAAUGAAAUUAUGUGGUGGAAAAGCUUGUUAACAGAUGAGACGAAAUUGACAGACAGGGCCAGUCAGAACAACGGGCCAUCAAGAGAUAUUCAAAAUAAUAACAUCAAAAAUCAUGUUGAAGAAGGAGAAGACCAUUGCAACGUUGUCGCAGCCUUAGGUGAAAUAAAGGCGGGGGAUAGCAGUAGUACGUUCUUUGAAGAAGGCACGAGUCGGUGGGUUAAUAGUAAUGACUGUAUUCAUGAUGACUCUCCUUUUGAUGCGAACCUUUGGGAUCUUCUCCUAGAUGAAGAAAAGGACACAAUCAUGAUGUGA